AUGUUCUAUGAUGCCGUCUGCUACAGAUUGUUGUAAAUCAUUCUGAUAUAGAAGAUGAAAAUAAUACCUUUUUCGCAUCUGUUCAAUGCCAUGUGGAGCCAAGGCACUGUAAGAACACAAACCAAAACCAAGUUCAUUUGCAAGGCAUUUCAAGUUCCAGGAUAUGUGCAACAUGGGUGUGGUAACAUGGCCAUUGUACACUUUUCCCAAAUGCUGGAGGCAGGUGCAAGGGCAAAUCAGUUCACCUUUGCCAGUGUUCUUACCGCUUGUGCGAUUGCGGCAGAUUUGGGAUAUGGUAGACAAGUUCAUGUGCACUUGAUCAUGUCUGGAUUUGACUUGAAUGUAUUUGUUGGAAAUGCACUUAUUACUAUGUAUGUCAAGUGUGGAAGCAUAGAAGCUGCAAGGAGAACGUUUGAUGAAAUACCUGAGCCAAAUCUUAUCUCCCAGAAUGCCAUAAUUGCAGGUUAUGUGCAACAUGGAUUUGAUUGGGAUGCCCUAACAAUUUUUUCCCAAGUGCAACAGUUAGGUAUCGGAGCAGAUGAGUUCACCUUUUCUAGUGUUCUUGCAGCAUGUGCGAGCUUGGUGGCUGUGGAACAGGGGAGGGCAAUCCAUGCCCGCAUGGUGAGAUCUAUGUUUAAGUCAAACGUCUUUGUAGGGAGUGCCCUUGUUGAUGUAUAUGCAAAAUGUGGAUAUAUAGCAGAUGCAUACAAAGUUUUUGAUAAAAUGCCUGAAAAAGACACAGUCUUAUGGAAUUCAAUUAUUGCAGGGUAUGUACAUAAUAAGCAAGGUGAAAAGGCCAUGAAACAAUUACACCGAAUGCAACGGGAAGGCAUUCAGCCAGACAGAUUCUCAUUGGUAAGCAUCCUUGGUGCCUGUAUAUGCGCAGAAUAUCUUAAUUAUGGAAAGCAGGUACAUGCCUACACAAUUCAAACCAGAUUGAAUUCAAAUUUAUCUUUAAAUAAUGCUCUCAUCAACAUGUAUGUCUGGUGUGGGAGAAUAGAUAAUGCAAGAUUAGUGUUUGACAAAAUGGCAGAGCAUAAUAUAGUCUCCUGGACUGCAAUAAUAGCUGGAUUUGUUCAUGAGAAGCAUGAGGACGAAGCUCUGAAAAUAUUUUGCAAAAUGCAGCAAGCAGGAAUGAAGCCAAACCAGUUCACAUUUGCUACCAUUCUUAGUGCAUGUGGAAGCUUAGCAACCCUAGAAAAUGGAAAGCAGGUGCUUGCUCAGACCAUUAAGAUUGGUUUUGUUACAAAUGUUUGUGUGCAAAAUUCUAUUAUUGCAAUGUAUGCUCAAUGUGGAAACUUAGAGGAAUCAAAGAAAGUGUUCAGGGAUGCACCUGAAAGAGAUGUUGUCACAUGGAAUGCAAUAAUAUCUGGAUGUGCUCAGCAUGGUCAUGGCAAUGAAGCCCUGCAGCUCUUUGAAAACAUGCAAGAUCUUGGUGUGAAUCCAGACUCCAGAACAUUUGUUUGUGUUCUUUCUGCAUGCAGGCAUGCAGGCCUGGUGAAAGAUGCUCGUCAUAUCUUUGAUUCAAUGAUUUGUGAUUAUGGAAUCAUACCAAGGUUAGAACACUAUGCGUGCAUGGUUGAUCUUCUUGGCCGUGUGGGACAACUUCAUCAAGCAAUGGACUUUAUCAAGCAAAUGCCAAUAGAACCCAAUGCGUCAAUGUGGCAGACAUUGAUUGGUGCUUGCAAGGUACAUGGAAAUGUUGAACUAGGAAAAUAUGCAGCAGAGCGUAUUCUUGAGUUGGAACCACAAGCAGCAGAAACAUAUGUUUUGCUAUCAAACAUCUAUGCUGCAGCUGGAAGAUGGGAUGAUGUGGCAUACAUGAGAAAUUUAAUGAGUGAAAGGGGUGUGAUUAAAGAUCCAGGAUGUAGUUGGAUUGAGGUUCAAAACAGGGUGCACACAUUUACUGUUGGCGACUGAUGACAUUCCUAGAUUAGAAAUAUUUAGGACAAUUGGAGUUGUUGAGUAGACAGAUGGAGACAGGGUAUUAGCCAGUUUCAAACCUUGUGUUUGAUUGGUGCUUGCAGGGUCCAUGGAAACAUCGAACCAGGAGAAUAUGCCACAGAGUGUAUUCUUGAGUUGGAACCACAAGUAGCAGAAACAUAUAUUCUGCUAUAAAACAUAUAUGCUGCGGCUGGAAGAUGUGAUGUAGCAAAUAUGAGAAAUUUAAUGAAAGUGAGGGGUGUGAUAAAAGAUCGAGGAUGUAGUUUGGAUUGAGGUCCAACACAGAAUGCAGAUGUUUACUGUUAGGGGUCAGUCUCAUUCACAGAUGAAUGGUAUAUAUUAUAGUUGGAGUUGUUGAGUAGACAGAUGGAGGCAGGGUUUUCCUCGGACUCUUGCAUUGCAUGCCAUGCAAGAAAAACGAGAUGAACACAUGUUUUAUCACCACAGUGUAAAUUGUUACUUGCCUUUGGGCUUAUCAUUACACCUCAAGUAGUUCUUAUUCAAAUUAUCAAGAACCCGCAUCUGUGUUGAGAUUCCCACAGUACCACCAAGUUUUGAGAAUGGGCUGUCUUUAUACGGUCACUAAGGUAGUGCAGCUUAAAAAGGAAAGACACAUGAACUUGAAUUACCCUCUUUUACUUGUUUGAUGAAAGGACUAGUUGCAAGUUUGUCACAGACUCAUAAGUUUGUUAAGAUAUUUUGUUUGAAAAGGAUAUACAUCACUACCAUCACCACUGUCACUGAACGCUAGCCUGAAAAUUUUCUCAGAACCAUUAUCUUUUAAGUAUCACCACAAUGCUAGAGGUUCACCAAUCAAAUGUCAUUGAUCUCCAUACUUAUGUCAAUUGCAGCGGGUGUGCCCUGAGAAGCAAACUAGAAAUGGAAGUUGCAGAUAACUUUUAAUAUUGCUUAGAGAUAUUUGUUUGCAAAUCAGUUGCUUUGGCAUUUACACCAGGAUGCAAAAUGGUAUGAAGAAGCUAUGAGAAACCACAAAAAAUAUCAUUUUUGUGUCUUGUGUGGAGAGAAUUUAUGAUUAUCUAUGAGUUGAAGGGGUUAUGAGCUAUCAGGCUACAUUGCUUCUGGGGCCCUUUUUUAACAAGGCCCCUAUUCUGGGUAAAACAGCAGAUUAAAUCCUCACAUUAGGAACUUAAUGAUUUUGGAGCUUGUAGCUUGGACUUUCCCCACAUAGAUUCUUUUGGGUUUGAUCGAAUUUUGUGAAGAACACUCCCUACUUGUUGAAUAUACCUUGUAGCUUCUGAUGACAAUGCUUGAGUAUUGCCUUGUCUCUAUAACAUGCUAUACCAGCAAAAUGAAUCAGUCUUGGACUUCA